UCAGAAGCCUCCAGAGCCCACAGAGGAACCAGCAUGGUGGAGUUUGCGCCCUGGUCCGUGCCAUGGGAGCGCAGGCUGCAGACCCUCUCGGUCCUACAGUGGGUCUUCUGCUUCUUGGCCUUGGCUCAGACCUGCAUUAUAGUCUUCAUAGGCCUCCUGUUCACCAGAUUCUGGUUCGUAAGUGUCCUGUAUGCAACUUGGUGGUACCUGGACCGAGACACGCCAUGGAAGGGCGGCAGGCGCGCCCAGGUCCUAAGACGCAGCGUCGUAUGGAAGUACAUGAAGGACUAUUUCCCCAUCUCGCUGGUCAAGACUGCUGAGCUGGACCCCUCCCGGAACUACCUGGCGGCCAUCCACCCCCACGGGGUCCUGGCUGCCGGGAUCUUUGUCAACAUGUGCACCGAGAGCACUGGCUUCUCCCAGCUCUUCCCCGGCAUCCGCCCUCACCUGAUGAUGCUGAACCUGUGGUUCCGGGCCCCCUUCUUCCGGGAUUACCUCAUGUGUGGGGGGCUGGUGACAUCAGACAAGGAGUGUGCUGCUCACAUUCUGAACAGGAAGGGCGGGGGCAACCUGCUGGGCAUCAUUAUCGGGGGUGCCCAGGAGGCCCUGAACGCCAGGCCCGGGGCCUACAAGCUGCUGCUGCGGAACCGCAAGGGCUUUGUCAGGCUGGCCCUGAUGCACGGGGUGCCUCUGGUGCCCGUCUUCUCCUUUGGGGAGAACGAACUCUUUGACCAAGUUGAGAACUUGCCUGGCUCCUGGUUGCGCUGGAUCCAGAACCGGCUGCAGAAGAUCAUGGGUAUUUCCCUCCCGAUCUUCCACGGCCGUGGCGUCUUCCAGUACAGCUUCGGCCUUUUACCCUACCGCCGGCCCAUCACCACCGUGGUGGGGAAGCCCAUCGAGGUGCAGCAGAGACCACAGCCCUCGCAGGAGGAGGUGGACCAACUGCACCAGCGCUACAUCGACGAGCUGUGCAGCCUCUUCGAAGCCCACAAGCUCAAGUACAACGUCCCGGAGGACCAGCACUUGGAGUUCUGCUGAGCGCCUCCCCAGAGGAAGGGGCUGCCCCAAAGGGCAGGGCUGGCAUGAGGGAGC